AUGGUUUUUGAAUGCUCUCCUGGUGGACAUCAGGUCCUGCAGAACCCUUACAGAAGCGUUGAUUUUGAUUCAUCCCGCCUCCAGCAAUCGGCUAUUCAGGAUUUAAUAUGUGACCAUUCCCUAACACCAGGAUGGUAUCGCUUUAUGAUUUUUGAUAAGCCUGCUGAGAUGCCAACCAAGUGCGUAGAGAUGAAUCACUGUGGUACUCAAGCCCCUGUCUGGUUGUCCCUGAGGGAAUCGGAAUCCAUGCCUCGGCCUGGUGAGAUCAAACAGUUAACAGCUUGUGCUACAUGGCAGUUUUUCUUCAGCGCGUCAAAGGAUUGCUGUCUUUUCCGAAUCCCUGUCAGUGUGAGGAACUGUGGAGAUUUCUUUGUUUACUUGCUGCAGCCCACCCAAGGGUGCAUGGGGUAUUGUGCAGAAGGUAAACUGGCUCCUUCAUCAUCUCCAUCUGUGUCACCACCACUACCAGCCAUUCCUGAAGUUGUAGCAGAGUUGAUUGAAGACAGCAUUUACCUAAGGUGUACCUUUGGCGUUCCUUUUGCAAACAUCUCGAUUGGAUUCAUUGUAACUUGGUCAAGACUUUCUCCUGAAGGUGUCAAAGAAGAACUGAAGCAUGAGACAGCAGUUCAUAUGUUCUCACUUCUAGAACUAGAUGGGAAACAUGUCAGACUUGGAGACAGAAUCUACUGUAGCAGUUCUGCUUUUUUCAUGGAGAAGCCAGAUAUACAAAGCUCUUCUGUUGAGAGCAAGGAAUUUUUUGCUGGCAUUAAGAUACAUCCGGAAACAUAUGAUAUAUCAGAAGAUGGAAAGGAAUACAGACUGGCAAUAGAAAGUAACAUUCCUAUUCCUUGCCCUGAAUUUAGCCAGCUUGAAAGUGACUGCAAAAUCUCACUAACAUUAAACACUGUUGAUGAAGGUAAAGAGCAGUUAGGUUUAAACUUGGCUCUUUCUUCUUGUCAUGUGGAUCUUCUCCAGAAACCCUGCAAUAACGGAAUCUGUAGUCAAGCUGUAAUUUAUUUCACUGCUGUGACAGACUUUAUGCAGGAUGGAGACAGAAUUACCAGAAUUGCAGUCAAACCUAUAUCCAGUGAGAAUUUCCUGUGGAAUGGCUAUGUUCCAGGAAGCGCACAGAUUACAGUAAAGGAUCUACCCACUGCCUACUGCUACUCAUUUACUGACCCUCAUAUAAUUACAUUUGAUGGAAGACUCUAUGACAAUUUUAAAACAGGAACAUUUGUUCUCUAUAAGAGUACGUCUAGAGAUUUUGAAGUUCAUGUUCGCCAGUGGGACUGUGGAAGUCUUCACUACCCAGCAUCCUGUAACUGUGGCUUUGUUGCCAAAGAAGGAAGUGACAUAAUUGCAUUUGACAUGUGCAGUGGUCAGCUACGUGAGUCACAGCCACACUUAUCUGUAAUAAGUAGAGACAUAACAGGAAGCAAUGUCAGAAUCACUGAAUCCUACCUAGGAAGAAAAGUAACAGUUUUGUUUUCUUCUGGAGCUUUCGUUCGUGCUGACGUGAGUGAAUGGGGAAUGAGCAUCACACUUAGAGCACCCAGUUCAGAUUACAGACAUACAGUGGGACUCUGUGGCACCUUUGAUGGAAAUGCAGAGAAUGACUAUCACACUGCAAGUGGAGUGGAAAUCCCCAACCAUGCUAAUGUUCUUUUUUCUUUUAUUAAGGAAUGGAGAAUUUCACCAGGAGAUAGCUUGUUUGACAAGACACCUGCUGCUUUAACAUCUUCUAGAAAAACAGUCUUCUGUGACUGUGUGCUUGAAGAUGCUGGGGUAUAUCAAUCAGUGGAUAAACUAGCCACUGUUUCUAAAACAGAACUUCCUAUGACUUGUAAAGAUAGUGAAAAUGGUAGAUUUCUUUCUUUGAUACCUGGACUGGAUGUCACUGCUGAGUAUCUCGGUCCUGUUGAUCUUGUCAGAGGCUUAAAGAAACGUUCAUCUGCACAUGAAAUGGAUUCAUCUACACUUCUGCAGAGGGAGGAUAAUCAAACCAAACUUCACAAAACAUCAGUAGUAAACACACAUGUCUCUGCAACCUCAGUGGGAAAUACUGGUGUAGACAGAGAAGGAACUUCAGGCUCAGGCAUUAGAAGAAAUUCUUACCGUUAUAGUAGUCAUCUUCACAAAAGUCAAUCUGUUACAACUAGGGGAAAGCGCCAAAAUUAUUAUGAAUACCAUCCAGUAUUUCUAUUCCAAAGUCUUAGCCAAACAGACUUAGAGGGGUAUAGUUAUUUUUUCCCAGAGGACCAUGCCACUGACACAGACCAAAAGUAUCUUCCUUCUUGGCCCACACCUUCUGGCCUCACUGAGUCUAGCGCUUUGUUACUAUGCGGACAGGCAAUAGCUAAUUCCAGUAUAGGAAGAUCUUGUGGUGGCCUUCUUGGCCAGCGAACAGAGGAUGCGAUCAAUAUGUGUGUUAAUGAUUUGCUACUGAAAGAUGACCUCAGUUGGGCAGAAGCUUCCUUAGCUCUUCUAGAGAAUGAAUGUGAGAAGAGAGUCUUAGAAGAAAUAAAUUUCAACCGACAGGAACUUGAAGGGUCAGUUGAGAGCCUACUUACUGCAUUAAAGUGUCCCAGUCUCUGCAGUGGUAAUGGGGAAUGUACAGAAUGGGGCUGUGCAUGUUUUCAAGGCUACAGCUCAUAUGACUGCAGCAUACUGUCUGAUGAGGCUCCAGAAAUUACAGAGCUGGAGAAUGCUGGGCUGUGUGAUAUUCGACAGUAUGACUGCACGUCAGUAAGAGCUUUUGGACAUGGCUUCAGGGACUCAUUGAAUCUGAAAUGUGAAAUUAUUAAAUUACAG